AAGAUCACCAAUGCCACCAACUUGGCUAGGCUUAUAUAAGGUCAAAAUCAACUCUCUUUUCAUCCCCUAAAAUAAACAACCAACCACCUCUCUUCCAGCCACCAACUUUUCCUCCCAAAUCCUCUUCUCUUUUCCAAGAACAUGGAGUUCUCAACUUUCCACCCCUCUACCUGGAAUUCUUUCUUCACCUCUCCUCUCCUCUUUCCCUAUCAGUUCAUUCCUGAGAAUUAUGUUCACUGGAGAGAGACCCCUGAAUCUCACAUAUACUCUGCUGAUCUUCCAGGUGCGAAGAAAGAGGAAAUAAAGGUGGAAGUUGAGGAUUCAAGAUACCUGAUAAUAAGAACUGAAGCUGCGGAUGAAUCCACAGAGCCAAUAAGGAGCUUUAUGAGGAAAUUCAGGCUACCUGGAAUGGUAGAUAUGAAUGGAAUUUCUGCUAGUUAUAGAGAUGGUGUUUUGACAGUCAUAGUUCCAAGAACACUUGUGAGAAGGGGAUUCUUCAUUGAACCAGCUGACUUACCAGAAAGAAUGGUGAAUCUUGGUGCCAGAGCUGCUUGAUUUUUUUCUUCCAGACAAGAUUGGUUGAUAUUAAUUAAAACUUAAUCUUGUAAGCAUUCAUUUUUUUUGUGUGGGUUGGGGGGGGGGGGGGUGGUGGGGAUCAUUGCUCAGGAAUAGACAAUGAUUUCAAGAUUGUGCUCUCUUGGAGAGUCUGUACAUAAGUUAGAUUAAUUGUAAUCCUUAAACUGAAUUUGCUGUCAUUUUUUAAACUUUUAAGCUUGUGAAUAUAUGUUUGUAACAAAAGUUUGGCCUGCAGUC